UGUAACCUUUGUUUAUUUUAGCCAGAUUCAUUCUUCAUUCUUGCAAAAUUGUUUGUUAUAAACAUAAUUUUUUAAACAAAAAAAAUAGGAUAUAUUUGGGGAUAACAUUAAAAACAAAGUCUUUAAGAUUAAUUUUUAUGUGUAAAAGUUUUGCCUGCAUUUUUGAAGACUUGGGGAUCAGAAAGGGUCAGAUAUCUGUCCUGGAACUGGAGUUAAAUAUGGUUGUGAGCCUCCAUGUGUGUGUUAGGAACUGAACCUGGGUCCUCUUUAAGAACAAGUGCUCUUAAUCAUUGAGCCAUCUCUCCAGCCCUGGUGAUAACUUUUAACUUUUAUUUAUUAUUUUACGGGUAAGAGUGUUUUGUCUGCUUGUAUGUCUGUGUACCAUGUAUGAUCCUUAAGCCUGUGGAGACCAGAAAAAGGAAAUCCUGUGGCAUUAUAGUUAAUAUGCAGUUAUGAGCCACAGUGUAGGUACUAGAACUAAAAACAGGUCAUCCUCAAGAGCAGCCAGUACUCUUACCCGCUCAGCCAGAGCGCCUUUGGGAUAACUCUUCAUUUUGAAAACAGGAGCAAAAUGUCAAGCAAAUCCUGCAGCAUUUCUGCUGGAAAGUCCAUGCUGAUCUUAAAAGGGAAAUGUCUUCAGGAGUCAUUCAGCCACUGUACCACUGUGGGUCUGUGCUGCAUGCAGAUGAGGGACUGGGCCACCUACCGAAUCCACAGGAGGCUCUACCAUGGCUUGUUUGCUAAAGUAGCUUUAAGAAUCAUCUCAUGUCCAGGCAUGAAGCAUGAAACAUGUGCCUGCAUGGUAUUCAUUCAUGUAUCCGGUGCCUUCUGAGUGCCUGCCUGACCUUUACACUGAUCUAGAAGUAAGGACAGCUUUGUUCUCCACUGCGGGCCUCAUUCCUGGUGAGAUGUGUGUAAGUGAACAGCAGGCAAUGAAAGCAGAUGGGGAAGAUUUAGGUUUUCAGCAAAAUGAGUGGACAAGGUGAAGUUUAGACAAAGAUUUGGAGGAGGUAAAAGUGGAGCCAUACCUAGAGCAUUCUUGUCAGCACAGCCAGCAGGGGAAAGGCUCUGAUGGUGGCAUGGAUUCAGGCAGUGUGGGCCACAGAGAGUGGUGUGGGGAGAAGACGAACAAAAAGAUCAGAGUAACUACUCUGAGACCUUACUGUCCUUGUGACUGAGUUGGAGGGACAAACCUGCCAGUAAAGAAACUUAGGCAUACUUUUUCUGAGGCAAGGUCUUACUGUGUGACCCAGGUUGGUUCCAACUUAUAAUUCACCUGUCUCCUUACAAGUGCUUGCAUUACAAGCAUAUAAGACUGUUUCUGCCUGACGUUAUAAGUGUGUGAUGUGGCGAGCCUCAUUGUAACCCCAGUAUUUGGAUGCAGAAGCUUUGUCACCAGGAGUUCAAGUCACUUGGAACUGUAUAACAAGUUCAGGGAUGGCCUGAGAACCUUAGUGAGUCCCUGUCUCAGAAGACCCUGGGCUGGUAAUGGAGAACCAUCGUAGAGUGCCCGCCUGCCUGCCUGCCUGCCUGCCUGCCUGCCUGCCUGCCCGCCUGCCACCAUCCAUAGGACCUCCACCCCGCCAAAAGACAGACAGAGAUAAGGUUAUCACUGUGAAUAUAAGAUGAAAACAGGAAGGAAACCCGAUGGUUGUGCCAUCUGCUUCAAACAUUCCAAGUUCUCACUCUUAUCUGUGAACCCAGUGGAGUUCUGCCGCCGUGAUAUUCCUCUGUUGGACAGAGACAACAUUGGAUUGGUUUUACUCCUGCAGCCUAAGAUCCCACGUGCUGCCUCUCCAUCCAUCUGCAUAGCUAACACACAUCUGUUGUAUAACCCACGGCGCGGUGAUAUUAAGCUGACCCAGCUGGCAAUGCUGCUAGCAGAGAUUUCCAAUGUGGCCCAUCAGAAAGAUGGCAGCUUCUGUCCCAUUGUCAUGUGUGGUGACUUUAAUUCUGUUCCUGGUUCUCCACUCUACAGUUUCAUAAAGGAAGGAAAAUUAAAUUAUGAAGGUCUUGCGAUUGGAAAGGUAUCUGGCCAGGAACAGUCUUCACGGGGACAAAGAAUUUUAUCUAUUCCAAUUUGGCCCCCAAACCUAGGCAUCUCUCAGAACUGUGUUUAUGAGGCACAGCAGGUUCCCAAAGUAGAAAAGACAGACAGUGAUGUGACUCAAGCACAGCAGGAGAAAGCAGAGGUCCCAGUGCCAGCUGACAAAGUGUCCUCACAUCUGCAGCAUGGCUUCAGCUUGUCCUCUGUCUAUUCCCAUUAUGUUCCUGACACUGGCGUCCCAGAGGUGACCACCUGCCAUUCCCGAAGUGCCAUAACAGUCGACUACAUUUUCUACUCUGCAGAGAAGGACGACACUGCUCGUGGUCCAGGAGCUGAAGUUGCUUUGGUUGGUGGCUUGAAACUUCUAGCUAGACUGUCACUUCUGACAGAACAAGACUUGUGGACUGUGAAUGGCCUUCCCAAUGAGCACAACUCCUCAGACCACCUGCCUUUGCUGGCCAAGUUCAGGCUUGAGCUCUGACCAUUGCUCAUUCACAGAACUUCCUGUCUGUAUUCUUUUUAAAGGCUGUGAAAAUUUUAAGUGUUUGCAUGCUGUUCAUUUUUGUGAUUGGGGUUCUGGAUUUCUGUUAUGUGCUUGAAACAGAUUGGAAGAAAGAAAUUUACAACUUUUUUUAAUGAAAUAUUUUCCUGAUAACUGAUGUCUAAAGAACGUUAUUGUAAAUGACUUCUAAGUUCUGGUGAAGUUGACAGCAUUUUAAAAAUGUAGUUCACCUCCUUGGCCCUCAAGAUAGGAAGUCAGUGCUUUUUUGUACGUCAGGUGGUCCUACCAGGACUGCAAUACUCAGCUUGAUGCCUUUUCUGGAGACUGAAUUUCAUUGGGAGAUGCCUGUGCUUGUUCUUAGAAAUCACUGGGUCAUUCCUCCACAGGGGUCCGCGCUUCUGAGGAGGCUUGACUAUGUGAUGUUGUAGAGAAUACUUGACCCACAUCACUGCCACCUUGAGCUGUGGAGUGUACCUACAUUUUGUAAUGGAAAUAGUUGAGAAGUGUAGGUCAUUCCCAUAAGAGCAAGGCUCCUAGGGAGAUAUGGUGGUGCAUACCUAUAAUCUUAUUAGCAUUUGGAAGGUGGCAGCAAGAGGAUUAGCUUUCUAAAGCCAGCUUUAGCAACAUAGCAAGUUCAAGGCCAGCCUGGGCUACAUGAAACCUGUCUUCAAGCAAACAAAAAAAGCCAAAGUCCUUUAUGUCCGCUCCUGUCCUGGAUAAAGAUUGCCCCAAGGAAAGCAGAUGGGCCAGGUGUAUCCACAAACAUCCUUAAUCCUAGCAUCUGGCAGAGGCAGGAGGAUCACUGUGUGUCCCAGGCUGACCAGAGCUAUACACAAGGCCCCAUGUCUCAAAGAUUGACAAAAGGCAGCAGAGCCCAGGUUGUACCUCCGUCUCCUGCACUUCCUUUCUCUUGAAUGAUGGUCAGGAGCGACAUUUGCUGAGCCAAUUCUGUACGAAUUUAUCAAAGCUGGUCUGGAAGGAAGGGGAGCUCCACAGUGGCGUAUCCUCCUACCAGCAGGAGUCAGCGUGGGAGGUGCUGCUUAGGCCCAGCAGCCUUCCUUCCAGGACCAUGGUGCCACAGUGCGCCGUGGCGCUUUCGCUGUCCAUGCAGCAUUACAGCAGCCUGGCCAGCCAGUAGCUCGCCCUGUGCAACGAAUAGUAGAAUUCUAAAUGUAAGUAGAAAUUUCUCUACUUUUAAAAUAGUAGAUUCAGAUUACAGGCAUUCUUACUAAGUCAUUACUGUGCAGUGAUAGAUGUUUUUUACAGUGAGUUUUACUACUAAUAGGAUGUUUUAAAUUAGAUAGUAAAUUUUUGUAAUUUAAAAUUUUAACUCCUUUAUUCUAGCUAUUAUGUCUACUAGACUAUUGCCUCAGAGGUACAGGCUGAAGUGCCCAGUGAACACUGAGCAAGGCAGCAGGCUCACUCUGGUUUUCAUGUAGAGUAUUAAUGUAGUGCUGAGGCGGCCCACAGUUUUCAGUAGUACUUUGUGGGGUGCUACAGGUCCUGGUUAGAGACACAAUCACUAUCAAAUUACAGUGGUAAUUGCCCCUUUUUAAUAUGGAGAUUGUGUUGAAUUUGUGUAGACAUAAUUGUAGGCAAACUAACAUUCAUUAAAACCUUUGUAAGGGGCUGGAGAGAUGGCUCAGAGGUUAAGAGCACCGACUGCUCUUCCAGAGGUCCUGAGUUCAAUUCCCAGCAACCACAUGGUGGCUCACAACCAUCUGUAAUGCCCUCUUCUGGUGUGUCUGAAGACACCAUAAUCACAUAAAUUAAAAAAGAAAAAGAAAAAAAAACCUUUGUAAAGUUUUUAUAUCUUGAUGAAUAUAAUGUGAAUUUAGGCCUAUUUCCUGUAUAGCACCUUGAUUUAGUUCAUUCGUAAAUUGCUGUUAGCUUAUUGUUAAUUUGUGGCCACACAAUACUUCUCACAAGCUUUUAAAACUCCAAUAAAAAUUAUCUAUUUUUCUACUGUUGUGGACAGAGAGCAGCACUUACUGAGCAAAGUUGGAUCUGACUCCAGGAGUCAGAUCCCUCACAGGCCAAGGCCUAUGCCUGGUAUGUGUUUGCUUGCACGUGUGUCUAGAAGCCAUCGGCGAGCCCUCUGAAGCCAUCCACCUUUUAUUUUUAAGACAGGUCCUCUCGCUGGCCUGGAACAUCCAAAGUAGGAUAGAUAAGCUGACAGGCCAACCAGGCUCCGAGAUCCUCCUGCCUGCCUUCCUCGUGAGAUGUGCUGUGGAUACUUGGCUUUUCACGUGGGUCCUGGGAUCACACUCAGGCCCUCUGGCUGAGCCAUCUCCCCAGCCUCAUGCUGGCCGGGUUGUAAAUGCAAAGGGUGAGUGUGAUGAUGUCUACUGGGCCUUUGCCAUCGAAAAAAUAGACACUCAAAUCUUGUCUUCAGGAUUGAGCAUCUGCUAGUUUUUAAUCUUUUGUUAAAAAAAAAGUUGUAAGUCGUAGAGUCCUUUGUAUCUGUAAGCUGUAAUAAAUUAUUAUAUUUGCACA